CCGUCGAUGGCGUCCGCUUGCUUCUCGCGGGAGCUCCAAGACCUCCUCAACCCGCUCCCAAAGUUCGCCGAUCCCGAGGACGACCAUGACGAGGCCACCAGAGCCCGCGUCAGCGACGCCUUCGCCGGGGACGUCGUCGACGAGGAGGCCGGCGGCGGCUUCAGCGCCCUGCGAAGACGGAACGACGGCGACGCGCUGGCCGAGGACGACGGAAGGUACCUGGGGAAGGCCGUCAGUAGGCGGCAGCUGCGGGACCAAGACCAAGACCGCGAUGGCGAGGACGAGGACGAGGAGGACGGCAGUCUGGAAGAACUAGAAGAGGACGAAGAGGAGGCGGAGUCCGAGGCGGACUUGCACGAGCCGACGGGCGCCACGGACGACGGCGAGGGAGACCCGAUGGAAGAGGAUGAAGAUGGCCUGGAGGAGGAGGACGGCGGCGGCGGCGCCAUCUCCACCUUCUCCAAGGAGAAGCUGGACGAGGAGGUGGAGAAGGGCCAGGCGGUCCGGAAGCAGCUGGCGCUGUGGGAGCAGCUCCUGGAGGCCCGCAUCAAGAUGCAGAAGGCGCUGGCCAGCGCCAACCGCCUCCCGCGCCCGCACGCCCUUCCGCGCUUCCGGGACAGGGGCGGCCCCCGGCUGGCGGGCGCCGCCAAGGACGCGCGCAAGGCCUUGAAGGCGCUCCAGAGGUCCCUGCUGGACCUUCAGGAGCUGCUCGGCCGCCAGAGCGCCGUGCCGGUCCUGCCGGGCCGGGAUGACGAAGAUGAAGAUGGCGGAGCGGCCCGGCGCAAAACGGCCACGUCCGCCUACCCCGAGGAGGCGUCCCGCCGUUUCGCCGCCUUCCGGCCGUACCGCGACGCCACGCUGCGGAAGUGGCACGACAGGACGCGGCUGGGCUCGGGCAAGCGCGGCGGCUUCGGCGCCUUCGAGCGCGACGUGGUCGUCCAAGUGGAGCAGAUCCUGACGGACAAGGAGCGACUGGUGCGACGGACGCAGACGCGGCGCUCCGAGUACCGCGUCCUCGGCGACGCCGCCGACCCCUCGGAGCGGAAUCUCGAUGGGCCAGCGCCUUCCAGAGGCGAUCCGACGAAGGACGCGGACGAGGACGUCUUUGACGACGACGACUUCUACCACCAGCUGCUGCGCGAGCUGAUCGAGCGCAAGACGGGCGGCGCCGACGGGCAGGUGGCGGCGGGUCGCCGCUGGCUGCAGAUCCAGAAGCUGCGCAGCAAGAUCAAGAAGAAAGUGGACACCAAGGCCAGCAAAGGUCGCAAGGUCAGGUUCGACGCGCACCCCAAGCUGCUCAACUUCAUGGCGCCCGUCGUCCGGGACGACGAGGCGCUCGCCCACGACGCCCGCACCGAACUCUACAGGGGACUCUUUGGACCCGCAGACGCCGCCCGGCUGUGACGUCAUCGUCUGUCAGAUGAUGAUUUUCCUAAAAGAUCGAGUGCGGUCUGGGACCUUUGCCCAAUAUAUGGCGGACUGCCCUCGUGGCGUACGUGGUUGCAAGUUCUGGAGUACUCCGUUGUCCUCAAUUUUAUGUGCAGCGCUUCAGUCCAGUAAAUGCCAAUCGACCAAUCAAAGUACUCCAUUUGAUUGAACCGCUCGUGCUCUAAAUGUGCCCAAAAGUGUUUUUUGUUUUUCCCUGGCAAAUCAUUGAAUAAUAUUUGAUCGACGCUUGAACGGCGUUUCCACGAGUUUGUCAGAACCCUCCCAGAAUCAUUGAGCCGCUCGACCGAGUUUGAAAUCUUGGCGUGUUUCGGCCGCACCGCAAACGCCGCGUUCUGCUUUGUGUCGGUCACGGGACGACGUUCGAGUCAAACAUCUUGCGGAUGCGACGACGGUCGCGAUCGGGCGAUACCAAACCCGUCCCGUCCUCCGAGGGGGGUUCUGGUUGAUCCUCUUUUUUUUUUCUUGAUACGGUCCAAUAUGCUUUGUAAAGAUG